CGCGGGAAAGGACUGAAUGGGACCCACUUCUACUCGCUCAGGUAAGCUUGUUUGGGAAGCGCAGCUCAAGGACCUGGAAAAAUAUAAAGUUUUAAAUAAAUUAAAAAAACCCCAGUCAAAAUUAGUCUUGUUGUCUGAUCAAUUAUUACAAGUUACUUCCACUCUGAUGCUUCCUUGCUCACUCACUCACUCUGCCCAGAAUCUCCUUUUUUUUCUUGGUGUCUCCUCCUCCUGCAGGCUUUCUUUCAUUUUCUGUCAUGGCCAUGGCUGCUGAUGCUGCUGCUGACAAGGCAGCGCCUGCACUGCCGCCGCUCACAGUGAAAUUGGAUCCUACAAAGUACCCCCUUUGGUUGGCGCAGAUCAUUCCUCUCCUCAAAAGCAAAGGCCUGAUGUCUUUCGUCGACGGUACCGCCAUGUGUCCUCCCGCCUUUCUUCUCGACCCCGACGGGAAACCCACCAACACGACCCAUCCCGAUUAUGACCACUGGAUUCAGAUGGACCAGUUUGUGCUUUCUUUGAUCAAUGGCUCCCUCAGCCACUUAGUUGUUGCUACUCUGGAGGGUUCUAUCUCCGCCCGUGCUACCUGGGUUGCUUUAGAGGCUCUGCUUCUUGGUGCUGAGCAGCAGGUUCCGACUCCGACGGUCUCGGUUUCUGAUCAUAGCACCGCUGCCGCGGCGGCUUCUCCUGGCUGUGGCUUUGAUCAUGUUGCUUCCGGAGGCGGCGGAGGCGGCGGAGGCGGCGGAGGCGGCGGAGGCGGCGGAGGCGGCGGCACAACAGGUGAAGGCGUUUCAGGGAAGAAAGGCCUACCCGGGGUUAAGUUAUUCUCUCCCACCGAUGAGCAACUGGUUGGCUACUUGACGAACCAAAUAGAGGGGAAGGACUCGGAAUUCAGGGACUCGAUCCCUGUAAUUGAUCAUGCCUGCAAGCGUGAGCCUCGUGAUCUGCCUGCGGUCUUCUUCAGCAAACCUGAUUACAAGAACUCCAAAAGAGAUCGCUGCAACAGGACCACAGAUGAGGGUUUUUAUAAAAGCACAGGCAAGGUUCGUGAGAUCAAGGCUGAACAAUCCCAAGCUGUGAUUGGUAAUAAGAGGAUUUUGCCUUUCUGCGAAGGUCGUGGACCCCAAGCCAAGAAGACCAAGUAUGUCAUGCAUGAGUAUUCUCUCACCAAAACUGAACUUGCCAAAAUGGGUGUGGGUCCUAAUCCCAAUCAGCAGGAAGAGUUUGUUCUCUGCUGCCUGAAGAAUAAGUCAGCAAAUUCUAAGAAGCUGAAGGAUGAUUCAGUCUGCAGCAGUGAAUUAGCUGAACUUGCUAUUGGUGGCGAAAUCGCCUCUAACUCUGAAGAUGAUCAAGCUGCUGCAACUGGUAUGAUUCAAGGCCCAGAUGAGCAUCUCGCAGACAAAGAUGUUCUGCUUGGCACUGAGAAUCGUAAUGAAUGCGUCGAGUCAGAGUCUCCAAAUGGUUUUUCUUCCACAGACAAUAAUGAUAUUUCAACCUUUGUUGGUUCACCUGGUAGCUUUGAUGUACCUGAUGGCAUCUUCUUGUCUGAUUUUGAUGAUCCGAUUAAAGAGCUGUCCUGUGCUGAUCUUGGAGAAAAUACGGAUUCAACCUUUCUUCCACCUCAGCAGCUAGCAGCCACAUCAGCCACCACACCCACAUUAGCCACAUCAUUUGGCAGCUUUGGUGUUGGUUUACCUGAUGACUUCUCGUGGCCUGAUUUUGAUGAUCUGUUGAAAGAGCUGUCCUGUGCUGAUCUUGGAGAAAAUACGGAUUCAACCCUUCUUCCACCUCAGCAGCUAGCAGCCACAUCAGCCACCACACCCACAUUAGCCACAUCAUUUGGCGGCUUUGGUGUUGGUUCACCUGAUGGCUUCUCGUGGCCUGAUUUUGAUGAUCUGUUGAAAGAGCCGUUCUGGGCUGAUCAGCCACAUCAGCCACCACACCCGCAUCAGCCACCACCCGCAUCUCAGCCACAUCAGCCACCACCCGCACCUCAGUCACAUCAGCCACCACCCCCAUCUCAGCCACAGAAUUACUGCUCCUCCACACUGCCGUCAGCAUUAUGCACCAAGCAAGGAAAUGUUCCCAGUCUCUGUAAUGAUGACUGCAGUAAGCAGCUAUCUCCAACUGGGAAUAACAUUUCAACUAAUUAUCACUACGAACCGGUUAGCAACACCGCUUAUAGUGUUCAAAAUGGGGCUACUGAUGAAAGUUUUUCAGAGGUUUAUAAAAUUUCAACCAACGAUCACAAUGAAUCAGUUAGUUCAGAGGCUUACUUUCAGCCAAAAGAAAAUCUGGGCAUUCUUUCAUCCAUUUCGGCCACAGGAUUACACACUGCUGUCACCAAGGAACACAGAACUGGGAGAUGUUAUGCAUGCCAAUAACUAUAUUGACAUGCAGUGUUGAGUCGCAGUCUCCAGAUAAUCUGGAGUUUACGAUUCUUUUCCCACAGUUCUUAAAUAAUUUCAUUGGUGACCAGGAUUAUUAUUCCUGCGAAGAAACAACACACACUACUUUCAGUGACUCUAAUCUACCGGAGCCAUGGGGAGGAGUCUAUGAUAGCGAUAGUGGAGUAAGAAGUUUUAUUCUGCAUUAGCUGCUGCAACAUAGAUAGUGCAACAUUUUAGUUAUAGGGGAGCAUCAGUAAACCACAAGGUCUUGGAAGGGUAGCACAUCACCCUUAUCUACAAAACAAAUUAGAUUUCUUUGAUGUUAUGGGAAACAUCUCCUUAAAACCAUUAAGCAAGUCCCCGAUGGGCAUGGCAUAACAUUUCGAUUCCAAGUUCUAGCUCUAGCCUUAUUCUCUGGCUUUCGUUCCCAAGUUCUUGCUCUAGUUUUAUUCUCAGGCUUUCGUUCCCAAGUUCUUGCUCUAGCCUUAUUCUCGGGCUUUCGUUCCCAAGUUCCUGCUCUAGCCUUAUUCUCAGGCUUUCGUUCCCAAGUUCUUGCUCUAGCCUUAUUCUCAGGCUUUUAUUCCAGCUGUAGCCUUAUUCUCAGGCUUUCGUUCCAGCUGUAGCCUUAUUCUCAGGCUUUCGUUCCCAAGUUCUUGCUCUAGCCUUAUUCUCAGGCUUUCAUUCCCAAUUUCUUGCUCUAGCCUUAUUCUCGGGCUUUCGUUCCCAAGUUCUUGCUGUAGAUUUAUGCUCAGGCUUUUGUUCCAGCUGUAGCCUUAUGCUCAGGCUUUCGUUCCAGCUGUAGCCUUAUUCUCAGGCUUUGGUUCCCUAGUGCUAGCUCUAGCCUUAUACUCAGGCUUUUGUUCCGCACUCUAUUGUUCUGGAAGUGGCAUUAGACAGGAUCUGCUUCUACAUAGCUGCUGGAGUCUCAAUAUAUAAUACAGUGACCAGACGCUAAUGUGACGUUAUGGUUAUUGGUAUGGAAGUUUGAGAUUCCUUCUUAAAUGGAGUAGUAAUUACAAUCAUUGUAAAACUGCACGAUUAUGAUUGGUUAAAAACCUAUCACCUUCAAGCAGAAACAACCAACCCCUACAAUCAUUGUAAAACUGUAUUAUUAUGAUUGGUAUCCUUGUAAAUGUUGUUGAUUUUGUUUUUGCAAUUGGCCUAUAUCAAAUGCUGCGGUCCUGUGCAGCAUUCCUGCGGCCCUUGUGUAGUGUAUCGUUGUCAAUCAAUAUUGUUUAUUAAGAACCUUUCAGUGUUGAAUGGACUUUGUUGUAUUAUAUUCUCUUUUCAUAUUUGAACCCACAAUGUUUACGUGCCA